GAAGGGGGUGGAAGAGAAGGGAGACUCACACGUUGGUUAAGUAGUGCAAACUCAAGCAUCACAUCUCGACUGCUUCAGAAGACAGCAACCCGAUGCAUCAGAUGCUUAGGUGUUUCAGGCGUUCCAGGUUUUAUUGGAUGCACAAGUAUUUUGCACUUUGCGCCUCAUCAUCAACAUCAACAUCAACAGCAGCAGCAGCAGCAGCAGCGUCAUGCCCUCUUGGUUAAAGCUUCAUCCAGUGCGACACCAUCAUCACCACCACCACCAUCUUCAUCACCACCUGGCCUUAGUCACGCAGCAGGCUUAAAGAUGCGCGGAACCCCUGCGCUCCUGGUCACCCCGGUCCUACUGCUCCUGCUGCUCCUGCUGCUCCUUCUCCACCCGGGGACUCGAGCGCUAGGAGGCGGCCGCGAGCGCCUCUCGGCAUCCCGAGCCGCGGCGCGCUCCGUGGCGCGCAUGGACGGCGACGUGAUCCUCGGCGCCCUCUUCUCCGUGCACCACCAGCCGUCGGCGGACCGCGUGGCCGAUCGCAAGUGCGGCGAAGUGCGCGAGCAGUACGGCAUCCAGCGCGUGGAGGCCACGUUCCACACGCUCGACCGCAUCAACUCCGACCCGCACCUGCUGCCCAACGUCAGCCUCGGCUGCGAGAUCCGCGACUCGUGUUGGCACUCGUCCGUGGCGCUCGAGCAGAGCAUCGAGUUCAUCCGCGACUCCUUGAUCUCGAUCCGCGACGACUCCAAGGACGGCUCCAAGUGGUGCGUCGACGGCGCGCCUUCGAACCACCCGCCGCCCACCAAGAAGCCCAUCGCGGGCGUGAUCGGGCCCGGCUCCAGCUCCGUGGCCAUCCAGGUGCAGAACCUACUGCAGCUCUUCAACAUCCCGCAGAUCGCCUACUCGGCCACGAGCAUUGACCUGAGCGACAAGACGCUUUUCAAGUACUUCCUGCGGGUGGUGCCGUCGGACACGCUCCAAGCGCGCGCCAUGCUCGAUAUCGUGAAGCACUACAACUGGACUUACGUUUCUGCUGUGCACACGGAAGGUAACUACGGUGAAAGUGGUAUGGAGGCGUUUAAGGAGCUGGCAGCUGAAGAAGGUCUGUGCAUCGCGCACUCCGAUAAGAUCUACAGCAACGCAGGGGAGAAGCACUUCGAUCGCCUUCUCCGGAAGCUGCGCGAGCGUCUGCCCAAAGCCCGCGUGGUCGUCUGUUUCUGCGAAGGCAUGACGGUGCGAGGUCUUCUGAUGGCCAUGAGGAGGCGAGGCGUUUCCGGUGAAUUUCUCCUCAUCGGGAGUGACGGCUGGGCGGAUCGUGACGAGGUGGUGGAAGGAUACGAGCAGGAAGCCGACGGAGGCAUCACCAUGAAACUGCAGACGGAGGAAGUGAAGUCGUUCAAUGAGUACUUCCUGAAGCUCCGCCUGGACACCAACUCCAGGAACCCGUGGUUCGGCGAGUUCUGGCAGUACCGCUUCCAGUGCCGCAUCCCGGGUCACCCUCAGGAGAAUCACAACUACCAGAAAAUCUGUACAGGAAACGAAAGCUUAAAGGAACACUACGUCCAGGACAGCAAGAUGGGCUUUGUGAUCAACGCGAUCUACGCCAUGGCUCACGGGCUCCACGAUAUGCACCGUGACCUGUGUCCGGAUCACGAGGGCCUGUGCGAGGCGAUGGACCCCAUCGACGGAAGCAAACUCCUGGAGUAUUUGCUCAAGACUGCUUUCACCGGGGUCUCCGGGGAGGAGGUGUACUUCGACGAGAACGGAGAUUCUCCCGGCAGGUAUGACAUUAUGAACUUGCAGUAUGUGGAGGAGCUGGGUCGCUAUGACUACAUCAACGUGGGCUCGUGGCACGAGAGUCGUCUGAGCAUCGACGAUUACAAGCUGAUGACCAACCGCAGCGAGAUGGUGCGCUCCGUCUGCAGCGAGCCCUGCUUCAAGGGCCAGAUCAAGGUGAUCCGGAAAGGUGAGGUGAGCUGCUGCUGGAUCUGCACUACCUGUAAGGACAACGAAUAUGUGCAGGAUGAGUUCACCUGCAAAACCUGCGAUCUGGGCUGGUGGCCCGAUAACGAACUUGCAGUGUGUCAGCCUCUUCCGCUGAAAUGUCUGGAAUGGAGCAGCAUCGAGUCCAUCGUCGCGGUUGUCUUCUCAUGCCUGGGCAUCCUGGUGACUCUGUUUGUGACCUUUGUCUUCAUUCAGUACAGAGACACCCCAGUGGUCAAGUCAUCUAGCCGCGAACUGUGCUACAUUAUCCUGGCCGGUAUCUUCAUGGGGUACAUUUGUCCUUUUACAUUGAUUGCACGACCAACAGUGAUUUCGUGCUACCUACAGCGGCUCCUAGUGGGCCUUUCUUCAGCAAUGUGCUAUUCCGCACUGGUCACCAAGACUAACCGCAUUGCACGCAUUUUGGCCGGCAGUAAAAAGAAGAUCUGCACUCGCAAGCCACGCUUCAUGAGUGCCUGGGCGCAGGUAGUCAUCGCCUUCAUCCUCAUCAGCCUACAGCUCGCCCUCGAGGUUGUUCUCAUUGUCUUGGAGCCCCCCAAGCCGAUCAAGAGCUACCCGAGCAUCAGGGAAGCCUACCUCAUUUGUAACACCAGUACCAUAGGCAUGGUGGCUCCAUUAGGCUACAACGGCCUGCUCAUCCUUAGCUGCACCUACUACGCCUUCAAAACUCGUAACGUCCCGGCCAAUUUCAACGAGGCCAAGUACAUCGCCUUCACCAUGUACACCACGUGCAUCAUCUGGCUUGCGUUCGUGCCCAUCUAUUUCGGCUCCAACUACAAAAUCAUCACCACAUCAUUCUCGGUCAGCCUGAGCGUCACCGUGGCUCUGGGCUGCAUGUUCACCCCCAAGAUGUACAUAAUCAUCGCCAAGCCGGAGCGCAACGUACGCAGCGCCUUUACCACGUCGGACGUGGUGCGCAUGCACGUGGGAGAUGGCAAAGCGGCAGCUGCCUGUCAGAGCAACAGCUUCCUGAACAUGUUCCGCAGGAAGAAGAAGAACAAUGCCAACAGCAGCAGCACCACCAAUCCUAAUGGAAAGUCUGUGUCAUGGUCUGAAUCAGGUGCCCGGCCCCAGGGGAGGGGGUCGAGUGUGUUCCACAGACUGUCUGUGCAUGUGAGGAGGCAAGCAGUCGGCCAGAGUCAGACGGCGGUCAUCCGACCCCUAACUAACGCCUCGCAACCUCUGCAUCCCGAAUACGACCCUGGACUUGACACAGACCCCAACGGCUCUCAACCGAACACCAAGGUCCUCUACAACCUCAACGAAGAGGCCGAUGAAGGGUGCCGUUCCCCCCGAGACGUGGACACCAGGCAGCCGUCCUUCUACUCACCUUCUCAUCUGCUGAGUCUGGGCUCCGACCCUCAGGACCACGUCGACACGCUAAGCUCUAGCCUCAGGGCUUUCGAUGACAUCCUGGUCGACCAGGUCGGCCAUACUUACAAACCAUUAUCCAAUCAGCUACCUCUGCCUCUACAGGGGGAGAUCUUAUCUGAGGAGGGUUCGGAAAUGGAAGCUUUUGACCUCAUCCAUGGCUUCCUCUAUGACAGCACUGUGCAGGAAGAAGAAGAGGAUGAGGAGGAGGACGAAAAAGAACAGGGUGGACAAGAGGAGCUGGCUCAAAGCAAGCUUGCACUCCUUACCCCGCCUUCGCCUUUCAGGGACCCAGGAAGAUCGAUCCCAGGGUCCCCUGACAAUGAACCUUCAAGGAACAUCUCCCAGGAAGCGACCUACACUCCCAAACACAGCUCUUUUACACUGUGAGAGCAGGUGCUCAGGAUGCAGAAAACAUGGACGGCUCCCACUUCUUUACUUUCUUGAUCUUAUUUAUUUACGUCACAUGCUUCGCUUAGGUUGGUUUUACACAACAAGGGAUACUGGAAUCUCGAACUUGUUCAUGAUGCUGAUUUUGACGGACUUUUAUCGACUUUGGGUCUGUAAAGUACAGACAAUGUAGCUGGACGCUCAUCAUUGUAAAGACAUUUUUGCUCUUUAUAUCUGUAUCUAUAUCUCUAAACAUAUCCGCGAAUGAGAAACCCGUAGUGCGGAAACGAAUACGAUGUUCUACAGGAAGCGGAACCGUCCACAAACCACAAAGACUUAUCAGGCUAAGCUUUCGAGAAGGUUCGGCCAAACCGAGACGUCUUCCCUAAGGUCCAAGAACAAAGAUCUAGACCUUGGUUAGAUGUUCCUUAAUUAUUCCUGUGGUUGAUUCAGACUUCACACACACACACACAGAUAAGGUUUAGAAGAAAUCUGAAUGAAAUUCCUGUAGGAUGUAUAAACUGAGAGUUUCUUUUAUAUCCGUGUGUGUGUGUGUGUGUGUGUGUGUGUGUGUUUCAGACAGCGAUAUGAGUGUAACAGUAAUUCCAGCACUUGCUUCCGGAGAUAUGAAGGAAAAAAGAUUCAAUUAUAUUCUUAAACGAGGCACUGAAGAACUAUUUUAGUCUAAAUUAGGAUAUUUUUCCCGCCCUGCAUUGCCAAGGUAAUUAGGGGAAAAAAAUCUCGUCUCGUUUUAUUAUUUUCCCCCGAAAAAAUGUUUGUAUACAGUUCAGCUGUUGAAAUUGCUUUUUACACACACACACACACACACACACACACACACACACACACACACACACACAGAGAUCUUUGUAUUUUCCUUAUCGAUGUUUAUAUUCACACAAGGAGAUUUCUAUUUCAGAAGCAUUUACUCGUAACUCCCUCUACGAAAAAAAAGGGAUGUAUAGUAUUAAUCCGGAAUGCACUAGAGGGUCAAAAGUGUGUGGACACCCGACAAAAGGUACAUCUGCACAUACAUUUUUUUUGGAGCAUCCCAUUCCACAUUUAAUAAUAAAGAGCUCCUUUUUAUUUAUGGAAAUUGGAUUUUCGUUGGAGAUUUGUGAGGUGCAGUGAAAAAUAGGAGGCCGCUCAAGAUCUUCCACACACAUCCAAACCCCCAUGGAAAGCAGAUCUUGUGCAUUCUGAGACACACAGGAACAGGUUCGGGUCUUCACGCUCGAGCGAAUGGAAAUUUUCUGCUCUCGUGCCUCGGAUUUCGUGGAAACAUUUCGAAUAAAAAGCACAUACAACUUUGGAAAAAACAAAAUUAAAAAAAAAAAAACAAAAAAAAAA